AUGGAACAGCUGUGUAACUGGGAGAGACGACAGCAGACGCUGACUUUGCUACGCAGGUACACACGUAGGCACACACACACACACCAACUGGGAGAGACGACUGCUCCAGUACAGCCAGCCCCGCUACGCAGCUGUCGAUGCUUAUGGGACGUCUACUCAGCCCUCUCCCAGUAUCCAGCAUGCUUUGGGCUGCCACAAGACCUCCGCUCCAUCUCCUCGCUUCAGAUGGAGAAGAGUAAAGAAAAGGAGAAAGAAGAGAAGAAGCAGGCCAGUCUCCGAGGGGGUGUCAGGAGGACUCAGUGGCCCCAUCCUCACCCCAAGGUCCAACGCCAAGCCUAGGCUGAAAUAAGAGACCCCAGCCUGGGGAGGAGAGCCAGGGAUCCCAUGUCCCCCCAUGGCAGCUGCGUGUGGUGUGUGACAACAUGCUGCAGGGUCUGGGGCGCUACCUGCACUGUCUUGGGGUCAACGUGCUGCUACUGCAGAAUUCUGACGACCACAGGGUGGCUGCACAAGAGGGAUAGAAGUAUAGAUGCACACAGACACACACACAUAGAGACAUACACUGUGUGUACAAAACAUUAAGAACACCUUCCUAAUACUGAGUUGCACCCCCUCUUUUAUUUUUAUAAUUUGUGGUACU